AACCAGAGAGGACUCAGACUUCACAGCUGUGACCUGUGUGAUAAACCCUUCAAAUCCUCUAGGAACUUAAAGGUUCAUCACAGAAUUCAUACUGGAGAAAAACCUUACAGCUGUGACCUGUGUGAGAAAACUUUUUCUACAGGUGGACAAUUAAAAGUCCAUCAACGCAUCCAUACUGGAGAAAAACCGUACAGCUGUGACCUGUGCGGUAAAACGUUUUCUCAAUGUGGUGCCCUCAUUGUCCACCGACGCGUCCAUACUGACGAGAAACCGUACAGCUGUGACCUGUGUGAUAAAUCCUUCAAAUCCUCUGGGAACUUAAAGGUUCAUCACAGAGUUCAUACUGGAGAAAAACUGUACAGCUGUGACCUCUGUGGGAAAACGUUUUCUACAGGUAGACAAUUAAAAGUCCACCAACGAAUCCAUACUGGAGUUCAUACUGGAGACAAACCUUACAGCUGUGACCUGUGUGGGAAAACGUUCAAUAAUGGAACUGAACUGAAGUCCCAUUAUCGUAUUCACACUAGAGAGAAACCAUAUAGCUGUGACCAAUGUGGGAAAGCCUUUUCUAACAAAAGUAACCUUUCAUCUCAUCAGCGCAUUCAUACUGGAGAGAAACCAUACAGCUGUGACCACUGUGGGAAAACAUUUUCUAACAAAAGCAACUUUUCGUCUCAUCAGCGAAGCCACACUGGAGAGAAACCACACGGCUGUGAUGAGUGUGGGAAAACGUUCACUACAUCAAGUAUGCUCAUUAUCCAUCAUCGUAUUCACACGGGAGAAAAACCUUACUGGUGUCAAGAGUGUGGGGAAAUGUUCACUUCAUCAAGUAAACUCACAAUCCAUCAUCGUAUUCACACUGGAGAGAAACCAUACAGCUGUGGAGAGUGUGGAAAAACGUACAAUACAUCAAGUCAACUCAAAGUCCAUAAUCGUGUGCAUACGGGAGAGAAACCGCACAGCUGUGACGAGUGUGGGAAAAUGUUUUCUCGUCGUUGUGAGCUUAAAGUCCACCAGCGCAUCCACACUGGAGAGAAACCAUACAGCUAUGACCAGUGUUAUAAGUAAUUAGGCUUGUUUGAGACAAGCUGCAGCUCCCCUCGAAAGUAGAUGAGAAUAGCCGAUCGCAGCCGGGGGAGGUCUCAAAUAGCUCGCCUGAAGUCGGACAGCUCGGAGUC